UUGUGAAAUAAAUUCACGUAUACAUUGAAGCUCUCAAACGUUGACGUUACGAACGCGAUAAGAUAAACAAAACAAAAAUCAAUCAACAAUCCAAAAAGAUUUUGACCAAACAUCGCUCAGUUCAACUUCAACCAACCAGCUGACAACAAUCGCCUUCAAUGUGCAACAUCGACCAUCUGCCCUACUUCCGCGCCCAGCUGGACCAGGUACUCCAGCGGGAAGGUUUCACCCCAGGACUUUGUUCCGUCGACACCGGUGCCGGUUCCGCCCUUAGCGAUGGCUUCAUGAGCGGGAUGGUGAGGGUACGCGUUCGCGAAGCAGGUCGGCCCGAGUUGGUGCUGCUGUGCAAGGUUCCGCUGGAGAACGCGGCGAGACGGGCGCAGGCCAUCGGGCUGUUUGAGCGGGAAGUUCGCGCGUACAACGAGCUGCUUCCGAUGCUGGGCGAGUUCCAGCGGGAGCGUGGAGUGCGCGAAGGGGAUGGGUUCUUCAACGUGCCGCGGUGUUUUGGGGCGUUUUGCGUGCCGGAACGGCUGGAAGCUAUGCUGAUUUUGGAGGAUUUGCGGGAGCGCGGGUUUCGGAUGUGGAACAAGUACGAGCCGGUGGAUUUGAAGCACACGCAGUUGGUGAUGGGGUAUUUGGGGAAGCUGCACGCGGUUUCGUUCGCGUUGAGGGAGCAGAAGCCGGAGGUGUUCCGGGGGUUGGCUAGUUACAAGGAUUCGAUGCUGACGGUGCUGGAAGAGGGUGACUUCUUCGUGAAUAUGUUGAGGAGCAUGUGUGAUCGGGCGGUGGGGACGUUGGAGGUUCACGAGGAGUUCUACAGGGAGAAGGUGCUGGAAUUGCAGGCCAAUCUUAAGGAGGAGAUCAAGCGAUGUGUUAGCGCGGAGUUUGCCGAGCCGUACGCCGUGGUUGGUCAUGGAGAUUGCUGGAUCAACAACUGCAUGUUUACCUACGAGAGUGAUGACACAACGCCAAAAGACCUCAACUUUGUAGAUUGGCAAAUCUGUCGGUACGGAUCUCCGGCAAUCGAUUUGGUGUACUUUCUGUUCUUGGGCACCGACGACCAGUUCCGGAGUGAACACUACUCGAACGUCAUCGACGUCUACUACCGAUCGCUGUGCGACCACUUGACCAAGCUCGGUGGAGAUCCGGCGAAGCAGUUCCCUCGGGCGGAACUCAACAGACAGUUGAAGGCGUUUGGAAAGUUUGCGUUUGUGAUGGCCAUACUGAUCCUGCCCGUGAUUUGUACUCCCAGCGAAGAUUUGCCUGAUCUGGACAAGACUGCGGAGGGGGUCGAGAAGCAGGACGGUGGAUCGUACCAUAUCGGCGCUAACAGUGAGGUUGGCGAAUCGCGGUACCGUAAGCGGAUUAGCGGGGUGAUUCGGGACCUGGUGCGGUUUGGGUAUUUGUAAUUAUUUUGAAAUAAAGCAAAUAAAACAAACUUUAAUCGCUCCAAUUUUGUUAAGUAGUCGCGCGAACCUCAUAACCUUCCAAUGCAGGCAAUAUAUCAACUAAUAAUGAGUUAUUUAUCACCGUAAUUAGCUUUUAUGGCCGUAAUUAUAUGCAAUCGCAAAACUCUGACAAUCCAACCAACUCUGGGUAGAGAACUCCCACUGGAGAAUAAAAAAGGUGCGCUUCUUCGUCGUUCAAAUUGGCGAUUUAAAUUAUAGAAAGGAAAUUUUAUUACUUUUUAUUCCACCCAAAAAGCGAAAAAAAACUUGAAAAUAAUGGAUUUUUCAUACUUUGAAUCCCAUUUUUGUGUGUGUGUUCGCCAACUUCUGGGCGCGCUCCUCCGAGUAAUGAUUAACAUUCAUUUGCCUGAGGGGGUGACCAAGUUUUUUUUCCUCCUCCUCUCAACCCAAGAAUCUUUUUUUCUCUUUCUCUUUCCUUCCGGGGUGGCCAAGGCAAUCUAUAUCGACAUUAUCGCGUUUCCCGAUGGUCGAAGGACCUCACCUUAAUUUAGCUCGCUCGCUGGAAAAUUGUCCUGGCUUUCAUAAUUUUAUGAUCGUAACAAAAUUAUUCAAAUUCACGACGGUGCGCGGCGAAGAACGCGGACGCGGAAAAUUGUAACGAAGAUAAGAGGGCAAAUUUCGUCAAUAAUUUAUGAUCUGGGCGCGCGGGGAAAUCCCUGACU